AAAAAAAAAAAAACACAGCGCAGUCAAUAUUAAUGAGUUAAAACAUUUGGGUAACGACCUGCUGAUUGAUAUCUCCGAAACGAAAUAUGUCUCUCUGAAAAUGAAUCUGAGCCACGCCUUUACGAGGCCGUUCCUUAAUGAUUCAAGUCAUUACAAUAAACCUCAGGUCAUUAAGAACUGACCUAAGGAACACACACACACACACACACACACACACACACACACACACAUACACACACACAUGCACGUACAAACAAACACACAACGCCGGGGGUAUUUAUGGUCGCCAAACCAACGAUUACUUCAUAGCUUCUGAAGCCCGCCUCACGACCAGACCUGUUCUUGUUUCUCGCAAACAUGAGGAGCCCUGUAUACACCUGUAUCAAAUGUUCAUGGUGUAAUAAUUACUUCCCGCUGUCCACGCUCGCAAAUCACAGGGCGACUUGUCUUCUAGAGUGCCUUGGGACUGGAUCGAAAGAUAUAUCUAGAAACAAUGGUAAGUACUUAAAUGCUCGCGUUACUUUAUAUGAUUGACAUAAAAAACAGUAGCAGAUGUGGAUGACGAGAGGGGGGUAGAGAGUUGGGCAACAUGUCCAAUAUCGACUUUAAUCUUUUUAUCUUUUCAGAAGAGACACCGUCGUCUAGCUCUGAUCGAUCAGAUGUCGGUUUCUCUCAACCAGGCCCCAGCGAUAUUGGGAGUUGUUCUCCACGGGCGGGCUUCAACGAUGAAGCCAGUCAAAACCAAAGAGGCAGCGUGUACUCCAGCUCAAGCUAUGCUACCAGUAGAGGAUUCCGUCCCACUUCGGGGGCUGACUACACUUUGCCCCAUCCAGUAGCACCCCCGAGGAGUCGAGGCAUGGUCGUGAAACCCCCUGCUCGGGGUAUCAAGAAGUCUUCAUCUGAGGUCAUGUCAGCACAGGGAUCUGCCCCAUCAAGGGGAAUAUUGAAGUCCUCCUCUGGCGUCUUAAAGCCACAGGACGUAGAAGUUUCUCUUUCGAACUCUUCCUCUGGAAUCAUUGCCACUUAUGCCCCACGCGUCAACUUUAGCAGUACAGUGGUGACCAGCGACGACCUGCCACCGCCCGCUGCCUCUGUGCCCACACCUAGCAGACUUGUGGCCGAGACACAUUUUACCGGUAUGUUCGUAACUCCAGUGACUAGUUGUGUGCCGUCUGCUGUAGUUACGUCUUUGUCAUCACUAGGUACUGUAGAAGCAGGUAUCCUAGAGGCAACAGAAUCAGCCUCGAGCUCUGCUGUAGCACCUGUAGUAAAUACAUCUGGUCCUCCUUCUCCCUCUGCUUUUUUGCACGCUUCUGCUGCUCCGGUGUUAUCUUCAGGAGUUACACCAUUUCUCCCGACUUCAGCAUCCCAUGCUUCAACUCCACCCAUUGCUCCUCCCAGGCGGCGAAGGAAAGCGACCAGUGGUGAGUACUGUCUUCCUGCCGCUGAUAUUUCAUUACUUGGGAAGAAGGGCUUAAAUUUUUUAACCCACACUGCUUUAUUUCUUAUUACGUAUACAUUUUCGUGAUUUGUGAAGAAGUAUAGGCUACACAGCGUCUUGUUGAUAAACUAAAACUAUCUUACGUGGUGGCAUUU